AUGGAUAGGCUUAGGAGAUGCACUAUCUUGGUUCUAUUUUUGUUCUUGCUGAUAUCUGAGAUUGCUCAUGGCCAACAGGCCCCGGUGGACUUGGAGAAUGCACAGAGAUCAAAUAUUUUUUCUAAGAUAAUCGGAAGCUUGUUUUCAUCCUCAGCAAAUCCUCCAGCAACAACUAAUGCUGGUACAGGCACAAGUUUUUGGGACAAAGUCAGAACUGUGUUCAAUCAAGCUCAAGCCUCUAUCUUUCCUCCAAAUCUAGAUUUUAGAGGGAGGGACGAGGCUUUGGGGCAUGGAGAUGCUACUGGAACUGGAGAGAAGAUGAAAGAAGCUGUUGCAAAGAGUGUGGAGAAGGGCAAAGCAACAGUGGAGGAUUCAGCAAGAUCAGCUGCAAAAAUAGCUAGUGAAACUUUGCAAAAGACGAAGGAGAAGGUGAAGAAAAGCCUAUCUGGUCACGAGAGAGAGACAAAACCUCAAGAUGAGCUUUGA